AUGGCAACGCGUGCAAUUCAAAAACGGCGCUCGGUGCGCGCGCGCCACUGUGUACGAACGCGGACUGGCUGCGCUCGAGCGGCCAUCGACCACCACUGCGAGUCUUCGGAAAGCGAGAGGAAGAGCAGGCUCAAGCCUGUUUUGUUGUGCGAGGACGCGUACGCGUUUUCGUUAAUCCGGUAUAAGGGUACGCGUGCGAAGUCUAUACGG